UGAUUGAUAUGUAAAUGAACACCCAGUAGUGUAGUAAAUAAAUCUAGUUUAUUCUUAUUUUUAUAAACAUAUAGUAACAGGGUACUCUUAAUAAAUGUUGAUGCAGUAAAUGUAAUAAACGACUAUAAUUAGAUCUGAAUUUUAACUGAUAAUGUUUACAUUUUAUCAGAAGAAAUGAAUAAUGAAAUUUCCAGACAUUCUGUGAGGAAGUUGCUUUUGUUCAAUAGAAAUAAUUAAUCGUUUUAGUGAUAAGACAACGUUUUUAAAUAUGACUUAAACCGAUUUAUGAUUAACGCAAAAUACCUUCGUAUAAAACAGUUAAAAUGGUACCUAUUCCUGCAGAAUAUAUGCCCGAUUUUUGGAGCCUUCUUUCAACAGAAUGCCCCAUAGUUGAACUCACUUGUUUGUUACCAAAUGGAAUUAUAGUAUUACUCAAAGUGAACCACAAUGCUACAUUGGCUGAAAUUAAAGAGGAUUUGUGGGAAGAGGCUUCCCGCUUUCCUCUAUAUGGAAAGCUCCACGACAUAUCAGUGUAUACUUUUAAAAUUAUUAAUUCUAUGGCUGAAGAAGAAGAGCUUAACGAUGACUUAAGAAAAUUGUGCGAUAUCAAGCCAACCGGUGGUGUUUUGAUAAUAUCAGAAUGCAGAGGCAAUUCAGUCGAUCACUCAGUCAAUGUUGCAAUAGGUCAUUUAAUUGGAAAAGGCUUGCAAGAAUUUGAUGCUCUUAAUAGUAAUGAGAUCAAUGAUUUUCGAUUCAAAAUGAGAAAAAUGGGUGAUGAAAUUUCAGAAAAGAGAAAUCAAGGUACGUGGUUGGAUAAGUUGCAAUAUCAAUUUCCACCGAGGCUUUCCCAAAGUGAUGACGUUAAGUUUAAGGGCAUUAAAUGUAUUUGUGUAGAGACAAAGUGUGAAUAUGAAAUAGCUGAAUUUGAAAGAGAAAGUUUACAAAGUACAUUUAAAUUAAAUGUUUUACCUACAACCAAACCAAUAGAGUUAAUGGAGAUGAUAUUGUCAAAACGAGCCAAUUUAAAUAUCAAAAAUGAGAGUGUAACCGAGUACAUUUUGAAAAUAUGUGGCCGAGAUGAAUAUUUAGUUGGAGAUUUCUCAAUAAUUGAGUUUCAGUAUAUACAGGAUUGUCUUUUACAAGAUAUAAUCCCUUCAUUUUUAAGUGUACAUAUAAAUCGGAUACUUGUUUUAGAUAAUGACUAUGAUUAUGUAGAUAUACUUGAGGCCAGGAAAAAUAAAACAGUAUUUAAUUCAACAAAUACAUUAAGAAAAAAGAAAAACAUUGAGUCAACUUGGAAUAUUUCAGAUAACUAUACAAUAACUUUGUGUACAGCAAGUAAACUGAAUUGUGAUACAAAAAAAUCAACUGAGAUUGGUAUACAGGUUGGUUUAUUUCAUGGUGGUAAACCUCUAUGCCAACCGGUAAAAACUGAAGAAAGACUAGUUUCAGAAAAAUGUGAAGUUGAAUUUAAUGUAGAUUUAGAAUUAGAUAUUGAAGUGUGGCAUAUUCCUAGAAAUGCGAAAUUAUGCUUUGUUAUAUAUGAAUCGAAUAAGUAUUUUAAAGGCACAAAAUCAAGAAAACCAAAGGAAGUCAAGGACAGUCAAAUUAAUCCUAUAGCUUGGGCAAACACGACUGUUUUUGAUUUUAAAGGCUAUUUAAGGACAGGAGCCAUGACACUUUACCUAUGGACUUAUGCAGAAGAUAUCAUGUCGGAUGAUGUCCUGCAUCCUUUAGGGACAGUUGUUAGUAAUCCAAAUAAGGAGUAUUGUACAGCUUUAACUUUAAUUUUUAAGAGUUAUGGUAGUGAUCAAAAUUACACCUAUCCUGCCUUAGAGACUGUUAUAAAUUAUGGUAAUAGUUUACAAGAAAUUAAUAAUUCUAUAUUAGAAACACUGACUGAUGAAACUAAAGAGAGUUUUUUAAGACUGAUUAAUGAUAUGGAUAAUUUUUAUGAUAUAUAUGACCAGGAUAGAGAAACAAUAUGGUCUCAUAGAAAAUUCUGGAUAAAACAUACUCCAGAGUUAUUUCCCAAGCUACUUUUGUGCAUAGACUGGAACAAACGAGAGGAUGUGAGCCAGGCAAUAGUAUUAACCAGAGAAUGUCCAAAGUUGCCUAUUGAAAAAGCCUUAGAACUUUUAGACUAUGCUUAUGCUGAUCAGGUAGUAAGAAGUUUUGCUGUGCAGUGCUUACAAGAUAUGAGUGAUGAGGAUCUUUUAUUAUAUUUGUUACAACUAGUACAAGCAAUCAAACAUGAACUUUAUCUUGAUUGUGAUUUAGUCAAUUUUUUAAUCAAGAGGGCUUUAGAUAAUCAAAAAAUAGGGCAUUAUCUUUUUUGGCAUUUGAGGUCUGAAAUGCAAGUGGCUUCAGUGUCUGUGCGUUUUGGAUUAAUCCUAGAAGCAUACUGUAGAGGGAGCCAAGAGCAUAUUCCCGUUUUGCAAAGACAGUUAAAAUCAAUAGAAAAACUUAAACAAUGCAGUGAAAUUGUUCGAAAUAGAAGAGAUAAAGAGAAAGCAAAAGCGGCCUUGAAGGAAUACAUAGUUAAUAAUUCGGCAAAAGAUAUUGUUAGGAGUCCUCUAGAUCCAAGUUAUAGGUGUAAUGGAAUAAAAAUUGAAAAAUGUAGAGUGAUGGAUAGUAAAAUGAAACCCUUAUGGAUAGUUUACGAAAACUAUGACAGAUACGGAGAAGACGUGUAUCUUAUUUUUAAAAAUGGCGAUGAUCUCAGACAGGACAUGUUGACCUUACAAAUGCUAAAAAUUAUGGAUAAGUUAUGGAAAAGGGAAGGUUUAGAUCUGAGGAUGAAUCCUUAUAAUUGCAUAUCACUUGAACCGAGAGUUGGAAUGAUUCAAGUCGUUUUAAAUGCAGAAACUAUAGCGAAUAUACAGAAGGAAAAGAAUAGUUUUGCUCCAACUGCGUCUUUUAGAAAGGGUUCAAUUUUAGCUUGGUUGAAAGACCAUAAUACUACUGAAGCUGCCUUGAACAAAGCCAUCAAAGAAUUUACAUUAUCCUGUGCCGGCUACUGUGUAGCCACUUAUGUUUUAGGAAUCGGUGAUAGACAUUCUGACAAUAUUAUGGUUAAAAAGACUGGACAGUUAUUUCAUAUUGACUUUGGUCAUAUUCUCGGACAUUUUAAAGAGAAGUUCGGUAUAAAAAGGGAGAGAGUGCCUUUCGUCUUGACGCACGAUUUUGUGUUCGUCAUCAACAAGGGCCAAAAAACUCAGCAAGAAACCCCAACAGAAUUUAAGGAAUUUCAAGAUAAUUGCGAGAAGGCUUUCAUGAUUUUAAGAAAACAUGGCAAUUUGAUAUUGUCGCUAUUUGCCAUGAUGAUAUCUACAGGAUUGCCUGAACUGAGUUCCGAAAAAGAUCUGCAGUAUUUAAGGGAAACUUUGGUGCUAUCGAAAACUGAUGAAGAAGCCAAGGCCCAUUUCAGAGCUAAAUUCGACGAGGCACUGUCAAAUUCUUGGAAGACCUCGUUAAAUUGGGCUUCCCAUAAUAUAGCUAAGAAUAAUAAAGGCUGAAAUAAUGAUAAGUCAUUUCUUAAAUAAGUGCAAAGCACAUUUAUCAAUAUAAAUAAAGGUUUAUUUCGGUGAAUUUUAUAAAAAAAAAUCGUGUUACAAAAAUUAGUCCGAACUGUACUUUAUACCCCAGAAUUUUACAUGUUUAUUGUUAUAUAUUUGGUGUUCUAAACAAAAUUAUAUUAAAUUUAUUUUAUAUUGAUAUAAUCAAAUUAUUGUGGUCGCUUUUUUAUUUAUUUAUAUAUUAUAUUGCAUGUUAUUUUAUUAUUCAUUUUCAUAAUUAUUGUCUAUUUGAUUUAAAUUGAAUAGAUAAUAUAGAAACAUAAUUAUGCACUUAUUUAAGGAAUAUUAAGUAUUUUUUUUAAUGUAAGUUGCAAUUAUAAAGCAUUCUAAAUAAAUGAUGUGCCAAUGUUAAUAAAAUUGUAUCGAUGCGAAUGAAUAACUUGAAUAUAAUAAAUAUGUUGUUUGUCAUA